UGCCGGGCUGGGGGCGGCAGCAGCAAUAGAGCGAGAGGGAGAGCGAGCACUUCCUGGAGCCGCAGCUGAGGUUUAACUUCCUCUUAGUCACAUAGAGAGAGAGAGAGAGAGUGAGUGGGAGGAGGGAGGUAAAAUCGGGAUGGAGGAAAAAAGAGAGAGAAAGAGAGAAAGGAGGAGUCUCCGGAAAGCAGCCUGAAGUGCUUCAACAACUGGUGUCUUCCCCUUAGGACUGCGGCCAACGCUGCUAUUACUAAUAUUAUUGUAACGGGGAGAGGGGCGGGCUCUGGCUAUAGGGACCCGGGAUAGUUACCCUCAUAGUCUGUACAUCAGGGAGAGGGUGCAGGGAGUCCGGGGUGCAUGUGAGGACGGUGGGGAGACAGGGUGCAGGCUGCAGGUGAUGUAGAGGGGGCAGGGUCUGCACCUUACCAUAUAGCUGCUGCACAUACCGUCGGGAUCGCUAAAUGUGAGGGUGCUGCUGAUUUUUAGUCACCGCUUCCCGUUUUCUCCCACCCUCCUAUAAGCAGCGGGCUCUGUGCCAAUGGCCCCCGGUUGCUGAGAGCAGACCGUCCUUUGUAGGAGAAUCUCCCCUGGUCAUGUCGGGCUCAAGUACUCCUAAGUCCUUGCCCUCCUCCGGGCAGAAGUCCCUGCAUGACAUAAAGCACCCCCUGAGCUGCUCCCCUGGGGCUGAAGAAGAUACAGGUGGAGAUGGGUUUGUUGUAAUUGACACCCCUAGCCCAGAUUUACCCCACACUGAGCCCAGCAGCAUAGCAGACAAGGACCUUAGUUUGCCUAAUGGCACUCCUGCAGAUACUUCUAGUCCAGCAUCUUCAUCCUCACUUCUGAACAGGCUGCAGCUUGAUGAUGAUAUGGAUGGGGAGACAAGGGACCUCUUUGUUACAGUUGAUGAUCCAAAGAAACAUGUGUGCACUAUGGAAACAUACAUAACUUACUGUGUUAUGACUAAGACAACACGAUCAGAGUUUGAACUUCCUGAGUAUUCCAUACGUCGAAGGUACCAGGACUUUGACUGGUUAAGGAUUAAACUCGAAGACACCCAGCCUACUCACUUCAUUCCCCCUCUCCCUGAGAAAUUUGUAGUGAAGGGUGUAGUUGAUCGUUUCUCAGAAGAGUUUGUAGAGACCAGGAGAAGGGCUUUGGACAAGUUUCUGAAGAGGAUUGCAGAUCAUCCAGUUCUCUCCUUCAAUGAGCACUUCAAAGUCUUUCUUACUGCCAAGGAUCUGAACAGCUACAAAAAGCAGGGUAUUACACUGCUUUCCAAGAUGGGCGAGUCUGUACGGUAUGUGACCAGUGGCUACAAAUUGAGAAAUCGUCCAGUGGAAUUUUCAGCUAUUGGAGAAUACUUGGACACAUUUGCACUGAAGCUUGGAACCAUUGACAGGAUAGCACAACGCAUUAUCAAAGAGGAAGUAGGUCCAGAGAGCAAGUACCUGGUGGAGCUUCGGGAGUACGGGCCUGUCUAUUCUACUUGGAGCGCUCUAGAACGAGAGCUACGCGAGCCCCUGGAGGGAGUGUCUGCCUGCAUUGGAAAUUGCAGCACAGCACUGGAAGAGCUGACAGAAGAUAUGACAGAGGACUUCUUGCCAGUACUAAGAGAGUAUAUCCUUUACUCUGAAUCAAUGAAGAAUGUACUGAAGAAAAGGGAUCAAGUACAAGCAGAAUAUGAAGUCAAGCUGGAUGCUGCAGCCUUGAAAAGAGAAGAAAAAACUGGAGUGCCCACAGAGGUAGAGAAGUGCCAAGACAAAGUAGAAUGCUUCAAUGCAGAUUUGAAGGCAGACAUGGAAAGGUGGCAGAAUAACAAGACACAGGAUUUCCGUCAACUGCUUAUGGGAAUGGCCGACAAAAAUAUCCAGUACUAUGAGAAGUGCCUUACAGCGUGGGAGUCCAUUAUACCGCUGCUGCAAGACAAACCAGAGCCUAAGUGAAGAUGGACUUGUACGAUGUUUGAAGUUACUAAAUCUCACACUGCACAACUCACCAUGCUGUGUGACUACCAGAAGGAACUUCACUUACAUCUAUUUUACAAAGCAAAAAUACCAAACUUUAUCUCUGUCAUUCCCACAUUUCCUUUAAUUUCUAAGUCUGUGUUGACCGUUCUCAUAGAAAAAUACAACUAGAACAGCUGUUUUCCCUGAGCCAGGAAGAGGUCUCUACACAUCUCUUUGGGAAAAGUGCAUCCACCGCUCUGUUCUAAUGGAGAUUUUUACUUUUAUUACACUAAGCGAAAAAUACUUCAACAAAUUAAUUUGCCGAGUACAGUUAAGAGCUCACCACAGUGCAGUUUUCCACUGAGUGUAGUUUUCAGAAACUCUUUGUUUAUAAAGAGUUUACUUCCUCUUUUUCUAUGUACCGCGCAGAGGAGGACUGACGGACGAUAUGAAGACAUUUAUGUACUAUCCGAACCUUUUUUUUUUUUUUUUAUUCUGCCUUUAUUCCUCCGAGAGGGAUCCUAAUGUUUGCAUGACCUGUAUUGUAAGUAUGGCAUGAAGUAGUUCCUCUUCAAUGUGUCUCCCCCCCCCCCCCCCUCCAUGAGAGAUGUAAAAACUGCAGCUUGUCGUUGUAACUACAUAUGGAGCGGUUUGAGAGGGAAAAUUGUUUACACUGGGGCCUUAUCUGAAGUGUACAAAGGGAACAAAUGACCCUUACUUUUUUUGUUUUUUUUUGUUAAUGUUUUUGAACGUCUGUGUAAAGAAAAAAAAAUUUAAAAUAAAUGUUUGACUUUUUUAAAAAUAAUAAAGUAUCUUUGAAAA